CACUAGUACUACAUACUUACAAAGACUUCAUUUUCUACGGAAAUCCACAGUAAAAACUAACUGCACUGCGAGCUGCACAUAAACCUGGUAACACUCCAAACCCAGAGUGAAAACAUCGAGGUUGGGAUCUAAGUGGAUCGCGCGAUGGGGUGUGAAAAACUAGUAGUUCUAGUGUUAGUCUGUUUAGUCAAUGAGAUGGCUUCAGAACCGAGAUUACGGCUAUCAUGGGGCCGGCGGCGCAGAUACUGUCAUAAAACCAACUGCGUCCCCGGCUCUUGGUCUUCCUGGAGUGCUUGUUCGCAUUCGUGUGGUCCACAUGGUACACAAUACUCCCGCCGGCCGAUAAUCAAACCAGCACAGUGUGGAGGAACGUGUGUGGUGACUACGCAUGGAGCCAGAGCGUGUAAUCGAUUUUGCCUAAACGGUGGUACACUAAUACGUUUAAGCUGCCAUUGCAAGUAUGGAUACAGUGGGGAGUGUUGUGAAAAGGGUCAAGGAAAAGAUGGCGGCUGGUCUUCGUGGUCAAGAUGGGGACAAUGUUCGAGCUCUUGCGGGACGGGACUACAGACCCGAAAGCGCUCCUGCACAAACCCGCCACCCAGCUAUGGAGGGAAGACAUGUGUGGGACCUGCCGAACAGCAUAAAAAUUGUCUACUCAAAAAGUGUCCAGAUGGCGGUUGGUCUUCGUGGUCAAGUUGGGGACAAUGUACGGGAUAUUGCGGGACAGGACUACAGACCCGAAAGCGGUCUUGCACAAACCCACCACCCGGUUAUGGUGGGAAGAAAUGUGUGGGACCUACCGAACAACAUAAAAAUUGUCUGCUUCACCGGUGCCCAGGUAAAAAUCGAUGUUAUUUAGUGAAUGGUGGAUGGUCGACCUGGGGUCCUUGGAGUAAAUGUUCCAAGACUUGUGGAUACGGAUCUCAAUACAGUAAACGGUACUGUAAUAAUCCGAGCCCUGGGUAUGGAGGAAAGCCAUGCACUGGAAAAGAUACAAGAACACGAGGCUGUUUGGUCAAAUCAUGCCCAGUAAAUGGAGGCUGGAGUUCGUGGGGGAAAUGGUGCGCAUGCUCUAAACCAUGUGGCACUGGGUCACAGUACCGCAACAGGGCGUGCACCAGGCCUCCUCCAUCGUACAGAGGUAAACAGUGUACUGGACAGGACAAAGAGACGAGGAACUGCAAUACUCAUCACUGCCCUGUUGACGGAGGGUGGUCUAACUGGGGUAACUGGGGCACUUGCACCAGAACUUGUGGAAAUGGAAAGCAGUACAGCAAACGACACUGCGACAAUCCUGCGCCCAAGUACGGAGGCAAGAAAUGUUACGGAACAAACGUCAAAACCCGAGCAUGCAACUUAAAACCUUGUCCAGUUAAUGGCCGCUGGUCACUAUGGGCAGCAUGGUCCGCGUGCACAAAGACUUGUGGGACUGGAAGCAAAACACGUCACCGAACCUGUACCAAUCCCCCGCCAAAGCAUGGAGGAGUGUGCAUUGGACCGAGUGUUCAAACAAAGACUUGUGCGAAGCAAAAUUGCCCUAGCUCAGCUGAUUUUAGGAGUCGAGAUCAGUUACGAAUGGAAGUACUUCUUUGCGCCGGAAACUUAAAGUUUCUGCCAAUUAAUUCAACUGUAAUUACGAUCGUGCCAUUGAAAAUAAUUUUACGUUACACAAGAAACCAUUUUUCUCUUUCAGUGAACGGCCGCUGGGCACUGUGGGAAGUAUGGUCCACUUGUUCUAAGACGUGUGGGUAUGGAACCAGAAUUAGAAAGCGAACUUGUUCAAAUCCCCCGCCUCAAAACGGAGGAAAGAUGUGCACCGGACCGAGUCAACAGACUGGCAAAUGCUAUUUAACCAAGACAUGUCCGAUAAACGGCCGCUGGUCGCCGUGGGGAAAGUGGUGCAAGUGCUCCAAGACGUGUGGGACCGGAAUCCAGACUCGAAAACGAACCUGUUCCAAUCCCUCGCCUCAGCACGGAGGAAAGCCAUGCAAGGGAAUCAGUGAACAGACAAAGUCUUGUCAAUUAAAGCAGUGUCCUGGUUACGGUGGUUGGGGUUCCUGGGGUCAAUGGUCAGCAUGCACCAAAACUUGUGGCACAGGAACACAGAACCGUAAGCGGACAUGCCUAGGCUCCGGAAACGGAAAUUGUCCAGGUUCAAAUGAAGAGAGCCGCCACUGUAACACACAGAGUUGUCCUGUUGACGGUGGCUGGGGAGACUGGAGCGACUGGAGUGCAUGCAGUGUGUCGUGUAGGCCUGGUACUAGCAUCAGGAGCAGGCAAUGCAAUAAUCCAGCCCCGAGUGCCGGCGGCAAACAGUGUACGGGACUUCCUGUGGGAAAUAAGCCUUGCAAUGAAGGACCCUGCCCUGUCGACGGUGGCUGGGGAGACUGGAGCGACUGGAGCGCUUGCAGUGUGUCGUGUGGGCCUGGUACAAGCAUCAGGAGCAGGCAAUGCAAUAACCCAGCCCCGAGUGCCGGCGGCAAACAGUGUACAGGACUUCCUGUUGGAAACAAGCCUUGCGAUGAAGGACCCUGCCCUGUCGACGGUGGCUGGGGAGACUGGACCGACUGGAGCGCUUGCAGUGCAUCGUGUGGGCCUGGUACAAGUAUCAGGAGCAGGCAAUGCAAUAAUCCGCCCCCAGGUCCCGGUGGCAAACAGUGUACGGGACUUCCUGUAGGGAACAGACCUUGUAAUGAAGUAACGUGUCCUGGAAGUGGCGACUGCUGGGGUGAUUGGAGCGACUGGAGCAUGUGUACCAAAGCUUGUGACUGUGGCAAGACAUACAGGGUCCGUUUCUGCAAAUGCGCACAUGGCCAGGGGCAUGAAAAGUGCCAAGGGCCCGGAGAGAGCUCCCAGAGUUGUCACUGCAACCCCUGCCCCAAUGGACCCCCUUCUGAUGACAUUGUCGAAGCUUAAAGCCGCGAAAAAAGACAACAGAGAUGAACUUUCAGUUAGAUCUUCUAAAGUUCUCUAAUUAGUUUCUUAUGUGCAAAACGUUUCUCACCUGUAAAACAUUGCUUGGAAUUUGACACUUAAGACAUACAUUCCAUAAAAGUUCACUUUUCCUUUCCUGACCUUUACAUCUUUCAAGUCACAGGAUGAAAGAUACGCCCACGGUGUGGUGGAGUGGUUUGCCAUCUUAGCGAGCUUUCAAAAACACUAACGAAACAAAUAAGCAAUUUUGUACAGUAGUACCAAGGUAAUAAAGUUCUACGUUUUAGCCG